CGCGCCAUUAAGGAUGACAUUUCUGUUCUAAAGCUGCAGGAAAGUUUGGAACUCGAAUCGAAUCCGCUAUUGAGAAAAUUGGACUUGCCCCGAGAAAAGUAUACGUACGCUGGUCCCGCGAUGAUAUCUGGCCACGGGGCAGUCGGUAUCGGGUUUUAUUACUCCAGGGACGGGAUUUGGUUGAAUCCUCAAAAGACACACAAGUUGAAUUACGCUAACGUGACGGUCUUCGAAAGACAUAAAUGCACCACAAACCAUCAGCUAUUCGUCGAGGCGACGGAUCAAAUGAUUUGCGGACAAGUCAGUAAGCCAAACCCGAAAUCCACGACCAACGUAGGAACGUGUAAGGGUGACGAAGGUAGCUCAUUGGUUGUCAACGAUACGAUAAUCGGGGUGCUGAGCGUCCACGCGCGGGGUUGCAACGAAACAGGGUCACAUUCAAUAUACACCAGAGUAUCUCAUUACUUGGGUUUCAUAGAUUAUGCCAAGAAGGACAUUGUUACGGACGCCAUGCACGUGUAUCAUCUCAGUCGAUCGGUAAGGCUUGCCUACAGUGACAUCACCCGCUUCCAACUUCUGCCAAUGUAA